GUUUAUCUGAUCACACUUUCCUUUGUGUCCGAUCUGCAAGCUUGUGAUUUUCAUACUCCUCCUUUUCCAAAACGAGAAGUUGAAUCGCAUCUCGAUCUAAUAUCGGAGGCAUGGAAGCAGCUCCGGUAAUCUGGGAUGCAUCGAAGAGCUUGUGUAGAAGCACUGCCAAACAUACUGCUUUCAUGUGCUGUUUGGAAGACAACCUGGGAUCACUGAGGGGCCAAUGGGCAGAGCUCCGAAGCCUAAGCCAAGAUGUGAAUGCAAGAAUCCAAGAAGCUGAGAGUUUGGCUCAUAUGCGAAGGACCAGAGAAGUCGAUGGAUGGCUGCAAAGUGUAAACGCUUUAGAACAAGUAACGGAGGAUAUUAUGCAACGAGCUGCUAAGGUUAUCCAGUUCAAGUGUUUGGGUAGGCUUUGUCCAAAGAAUUGUUUCUCAAGCUACUUCACGGGAAAAGAGGUUGUUAAAACACUGGAUCGUGCCAGAGAAUUGACGGCUAGGGGACAAAAAUUCAAUAAUGAUGCUAAUAUUGCUUAUCAGCUGCCAUGUGAACCUGUGAAUGAGAUGCCGGUCGCCACCACUGUGGGCAUGGAUUCGAUGUUAAAGAAGGUUUGGGAUAGCAUUGAAGACGAAAAUGUGAGUGUGAUUGGUCUAUAUGGGAUGGGUGGUUCAGGAAAGACAACCCUUAUGAGGAAACUCAAUAAUGAGUUAGCGAAUAGAAGUCAUGAUUUUGCGCUAGCGAUAUGGUUAGUUGUUUCUAAGGACUGUAAUAUUGAUCAAAUUAUGGAAGACAUCCGACAAAAGUGUGGGAUAGAUGACAUGAAAUGGAAGAACAAAAGUAAAGAUGAGAAAGCCAUAGAAAUCUACAGGGUCAUGAAGCAGAAAAAGUUCAUUUUGUUGUUGGAUGAUAUAUGGGAGGAACCAGACUUACAGAGUAUUGGAGUUCCACUACCAAAAGAGGUCAAUCAAUCAAAAAUUUUGUUCACAACUCGUCUUGAAAAUGUAUGUGACCAAAUGCAAGCGAAGAAGUUCAAAGUGGAAUGUUUGACAGAGAAAGAAGCAUUGGAUUUGUUUUUUAUGAAAGUGGGUGCAGAAACUCUAAAUUCACAUCCAAGUAUCAAUGGGCUAUCACAAGAGCUUGUGCAAGAAUGCAAAGGAUUACCACUUGCGCUGAUAACAGUAGGACGAGCUAUGGCUGGCCGGAAAAGUCCACAGGCAUGGAAACAUGCUAUAAGGGAGCUGCAAAGUUUCCCUUCAGGGGUUUCUGGCAUGGAGAAAGUAGUAUUCAACACUCUCAAGUUCAGCUAUGAUAGCCUUCCUACUGACAUAGACAAAAAGUGUUUCUUAUAUUGUGCAUUAUUCCCGGAGGAUCGAACAGUUUAUGUCCCUCGUCUAAUUCGCCUUUGGAUUGGGGAAGGAUUUCUCAAGGAGCAUGGUAGCAUACACGAUGCCUAUAAUCAUGGGGAAGAUAUAGUGGAAAGAUUAAAGCUAGCAUGUUUAUUGGAAGGAGAGGAAUUUCUUUGGGUUAAGAUGCAUGAUGUGGUCCGUGACAUGGCACUGUGGAUAGCUCGUAACCAAGAUCAAGAGAAAAACAAAGUUCUAGUGCAAGGUGAAGCAAUAGCAUCUUCACAAAUUGGUAAUCCUGAAAGAUCACUGAUGAUAGAAAGGAUUUCAAUGAUGUAUACGAAAAGGGAUGACUGGUGUGUUCCAAAAUGUCCAAAUCUUUUGACCCUAAUUGUGUGGGGCAAUGACAGCAAAAUAGAUUUUGCAAAUGUUCGGUUCUUAAGUAAUUUGAAAGUCUUAAGUCUAAGGAUGGAGAUGAUUUCGACAAUCCCGACUGAAAUAGGUCAACUAAUUUACUUGGAAUAUCUGGAGCUAUCUGAAAUGCACAUUAAAGAAAAAUUACCGCUUCAGAUGAAAAAUUUAAAGAGCUUGAGGGUAUUCCUCCUAGAGUAUGUUCAUUUCAGUCUUGAAAUCAUUCCUUUGGAGGUAAUAUCAAAUCUUGAGGGAUUAAGAGUGUUCUCAUUUAUUGAAAGUAGAUUCAAAGAAAAGAUAAAGUCCUCCUUCCUUGCCGCCAUUGACUUCACCCAUAAUAUGGAGAAAUCAUUUCUGGAGCAGCUAGAGUUAUUACCAUUUUUGGAGGAUCUUAGCAUCACCUUGGAGACUGCCACAGGUAUCAAGAAACUGCUUAGCUCAACCAAAUUGAAACCUUGUGUGAGAUUAAUGGGACUUUAUCAAUACAAGAUGGCUGCAAGUACCGCACCAUUAUUACCAUCUGUGACUAGCAUGCAACAUCUGGAGCGCAUGACUUUAGUUGGAUUACAAGACAAUAUGACAGAGUCCUCUGUUAAUCAUUCAUCCCCUUUUUGCAAGCUCCGUUGGGUCACAAUUUUGGAUUGUCAUGACAUGACUCAUUUGACAUGGCUCAAGUAUGCCCUAGUCCUCGAUUAUCUUAUUGUGGAAAACUGUAACCUGAUGGAAGAAGUGAUAAAAGAGGCUCAAGAUGACCAAGGCAACAGAAAUAUGGAUGACCUAUUCUCAAAUCUCAGGUACAUUAGCUUGAGAAAUUUGCCCAUGCUGAAGAGUAUCUACAAGAAAGCCCUGCCUUUUCCUAUGCUGCAGUACAUAAAUAUAAUGGAAUGUCCUAACUUGAAGAAGCUUCCUUUAGAUUCCAACUCUGCAAGAAAUAAGUUAAGGGCAAUCUGGGGAGAAAAACUGUGGUGGGACAAUUUAGAGUGGGAUGACCAAACCAUUAAGGGACAAUUCUGUUCAAAAUUUAAAGACUAGCUGGUGACGAAGUAAUGAAUACAAGACCAAGAUGCAUGAGGUAGGCUACGACAUAACUAAACAAUCAUAUCCAUAGAUCACAAGUUCAGCUGGUACAAGGAAUCUGAAGACGUAGUAGUGCCAUGGUGGAGCUGGUCAGGUGUUAUCAGUUUUCGAACAACUCCUCAGUUCUUAGCACUUUGAGAAACCAACAACCCCAUUAUCUAAAUGACACUCUUUAUGGCUCUAUAUAAGCACAAAGCCUCGACACUGUCUGUAUCAUCAAGCUUCCCCAUAUCCAUAUAUAUCCAUUCUUCAAAGUAAAAGACUAGCUGGGCAAAUAU